GCGAUCUCCUCCAUACAAUUCCAAGUUGCAGGCAGGCGGGAAAGCCAUGCGGUGUUCGUCACGUCACGGUCUCCUUAGGGAGGCCCCCUGCGCCUUUCUCGUCGUGCUGCUUAUUGGCAGCAUCAUUGGUAGUGUUGCGGCGCUGAACACCGCCGCGGGGCCGUACCGAGUCAGCGAUGACUGCGGCGCGAAGCGGCUCACUGAAAACACGUUUGAACACGACACCCAGGCAACUUCCGGUAUGACGAGCGGCAACUGGCUUAUUUUCUUUGUCCCCAGCAACGAGGGCGCCACCGCGCAGCACUUCUCGCAGCAGACGGUGCACGAGAUUGCCAUGUUUGAGGCGUUCGUAAAGUUGCCCAAGGCGACGCUAGACACCUAUCAGGUCGUGCCCGCCUACGUCGUGUGCGACGAGAGUCCCGCCUUGUGUCUUCGCUUCAGUGAAGGCAAACUGUCAUCGAGGCUGGUGCUUCUCAGCAACAGCCGCAUGUAUCCGUACCCGAAGGAUCACAUCCGCACGGUGGACGAUAUUGAGCUGUUUGUGACAAUCUUUCGUCGCAUUCAGAGCAGCGCCAUCCCGCCCGUGCGACCGACGAUGGCGGUGUGGGGACAGUUGGCGCUGCUGGUGGUGGGCGUGCUUGGGAUCUUUCUGGUGCGAUCGUAUUCGAUGAGUCGCAUGUACGGUCCGCUCCCCCCAGGAGGCCCAACACCGCACUCUAAAGAUGAAUAA